AUGUAAAUUAAUUAAGCUCUCCCAAUACAUUGUGCUUAUUGUUUUGAUAUUCUGCUAGCAUCUUUAUAAAAAAAAGAUGUACCUAAACCAACCUUUUAAGAAUUUGAUGUUCCAGUUUUUGUUACUUUUCAUACAAAUAAAGAAGAUUUGAGAGGGUGUAUAGGAACAUUUUCACCAGGUCCUUUGAGUUAACAAUUAGCUAAAUAUACUUAUUUAUCAGCCUUUAAGGAUAGUAGGUUCCCUCCUAUAUAAAUGAAAGAAUUAGAUUCUUUAGAUGUUGGAGUGAGUUUAUUAGUGAACUUUUAAAAAGGAAAAAAGUGGAAUCAAUGGGAAGUAGGAAAACAUGGAAUUAUUAUUGAUUUCUAAGAGGGGGGAAGAGGUAAAUAUAUCUAAUAAUUUUUAGAAUAUGGAGCUACUUUUCUACCAGAAGUAGCAGCUGAAUAAGAAUGGGAUGUUAACACAACUUUAGAACAUUUGAUUGCAAAGGCAGGAUAUAGAAAGAAUUACUAAAAUGUAUUAGACAAGAUUGAUUUAACAACUUAUGAAACAUCUAAAGCUAAAUUGACUUAUGCUGAAUAUUUAGAAUUGAAGAAAUGAUCAAUAUAUAUAAA